CAGGCGGCGCAGGGGCCGCCGGGGAGCUGCCGGUGGGGCUCGGGCGGCUUCCUGGUUUGGCGAGAACACCGCCGGCACGCCACGGGUGAGCGGUGCCGGGCGAGCUCAGCCGCCGGAGGAGCGAAAGGGUCACCACCGGCGGCAAGGCUGGAGACGUGUUCAGUAUGGCUUCUCCAGCUCUCCUCAUGCGUGUGGUUGCCUCUGCGUAUUCUGUUGCGGAAAAAGCUGCAACAAUUGUUAGAAAUGUACUGGCUGCAGGAGAUCUGGGGAUAGUGGAGAAGACCGGAGCCAACGACUUGCAGACCAAAGCUGACCGACUGGUACAAAUGAGCAUUUGUGCUUCCCUGGCACGGAAGUUUCCCAAGGUGACAAUCAUAGGAGAAGAAGAACUGCCCACUGAUGAGGUAACUGAGGAAUUAAUUGAAGAUGGUCACUGUGAAGAAAUACUGAAGAAAACUUGUCCUGCACAGUACACAGAAAUUAAAGAGGAAGAGCUUGUAAUAUGGGUUGAUCCCUUGGAUGGAACCAAGGAGUACACUGAAGGUCUCCUUGACCAUGUAACAGUUCUUAUUGGAAUUGCUUAUGGAGGCAAAGCCAUAGCAGGAGUUAUUAACCAGCCGUAUUACAACUAUGAGGCAGGAGCUGAUGCUGUGGUGGGCAGGACAAUCUGGGGAGUCCUGGGCAUUGGUGCCUUUGGAUUUCAGCUCACAGAAGCACCUGCUGGGAAACACAUCAUCGUUACCACCCGUUCUCACAGCAGUACCCUGGUAAAUGACUGCAUCAGUGCCUUGAAUCCAGACACUGUCAUCAGAGUUGGAGGAGCAGGAAACAAGAUCAUUCAACUUAUAGAAGGGAAGGCAUCUGCUUAUGUAUUUGCCAGUCCUGGGUGCAAGAAAUGGGAUACAUGUGCACCUGAAGCUAUUCUACAUGCUGUGGGAGGUAAAAUAACUGAUAUCCAUGGAAAUUCAUUUCAGUAUAACAAGGAAGUGAAACACAUGAAUUCAGCUGGGGUCCUUGCCACUUUGAGAAAUUAUGACUAUUAUGCCAGUCGUAUUCCUAACACUGUUAAACAAUCUCUUAUGCCUUAAAGCAGUAAAGCAUUUUCACCUGGCCUGGAAGGCUGAGAAAGUGACCCUGGAGAAUAAGAAAGAAAGAAAGAAGAAAGAGCUUGAAAUUUUGUUUUAUAGAAUCUGUACUGAAUUCUUCCACUAAGGUGUUCAAUAAUUUCAAAAUUCCAUGCAGAAUCUUUAGGUGAUGAUGGAUCAGAUUGUUUUGCUGUGUUUAGCAGACAACAUCAAAAAAGUCACAUUGCUUCCCUAGUAGUUUUCCAUAUUCUUUGGGAGUAUUCAUUUUUCAGAUGGUGUGACUGUGCUCAAAUACUGCUAAUCAUAACAGUACAAUCCAAAAAAUCAUCUUAAUAAUCAGGGCACAUAAUCAUGUUCAGUCAUUUACCUGAUCUUGCUUGAUGUUUCUUGUUGUUUGUAGUCAACAAUGAUUUAUUCUGUUAAAUACAAACGGACUAAGAAUUUGCCUGGAUGGAUUACCCCAUUUAUUAUAAAGUUGACAGUUUUGAUUCUUAGAA